GAAAAGCAACUGCGAGAAAAAGACAAGCAAGUGAUGGAGAACGAUGAGCAACUGAGGAGAACAGAAGAGCAACUAAGAGUGAAAGAUGAGCAGCUUAAAAUAAACGAGAAGCAACUGCGAGAAAAACGCAAGCUAGUGAAGGAGAAAGACAAGCAAUUGAGGGAGAAAGAUGAGCAAGUGAGAGCGACAGAGGAGAAACUGAGAGUGAAAGAGGAGCACCUUAAUAUAAACAAAAAGCAACUGCGAGAAAAAGACAAGCUUGUGAUGGAGAAAGACGAGCAAUUGAGGGAGAAAGAUGAGCAAGUGAGAGCGACAGAGGAGAAACUGAGAGUGAAAGGGGAGCACCUUAAUAUAAACGAAAAGCAACUGCGAGAAAAAGACAAGCAAGUGAUGGAGAACGAUGAGCAACUGAGGAGAACAGAAGAGCAACUGAGAGUGAAAGACGAGCAGCUUAAAAUAAACGAGAAGCAACUGCGAGAAAAAGCACGCUUGUGAGGGAGAAAGAUGAGCAAGUGAGAGCGACAGAGGAGAAACUGAGAGUGAAAGAGGGGCACCUUAAAACAAACGAAAAGCAACUACGAGAAAAAGACAAGCAACUGAGGAGAACACAAGAGCAACUGAGAGUAAAAGAUGAGCAAAAACAGAGUUUAGAAAGACAGUUGAGCACUUUAGAAGGUGAUAGAAAGAAAGAAAGCGCCAAAUUGCAAGAACAAUUAAAUGUGAGGGUGCAAGAACUGAUUGACUUACGAAAAGAGUUGAGAGAUUGUGGACAAGACAACGUUGUGCUCGAAAAAGACCUUUCCGGAGCUAAAGAAAAACUAACUGAAUAUGAAAGUCAGUUAAAGACACGCGAGUGGGUCCUUUGCCGAAAUGAAGUUCAGUUAAGUGACGAAAGUCUGGGCGUGGGGGUGUUGGGACGAGUUGUGAAAGGUAGAUACUGUGGCUGUGUGGUGGCUAUAAAACAGCUUCAUCAACCGACUCUUACUCAACGAGAGCGCCGUUUGUUUGAACGAGAAAUGAAUAUAGCCUCAAGGUGCCGCCAUCCAUGCUUGUUACAAUUCAUUGGGGCUACCCAAGACGAAAGUCCUUUGUUUGUUACAGAAAUCAUGGAAAAAAGUUUACGAAAAUUGUUAAGGGAGCGACAACAAGAGAAUAAACAUCUCACCGAAACAGAAAUCAUUUUUAUAUCUUUGGAUGUCGCUCGAGCCCUAAACUACCUUCAUCAACGAAAACCUGAACCAAUUGUACAUCGUGAUGUGAGUAGCGCUAAUGUUUUGCUGUGGAAACAGAAUAACCAGUGGAGAGGCAAACUUGGGGAUUAUGGAACUGCUAAAUUUCUUCAGGAAACUAUGACAGUUGCUCCUGGAGUUAUGAUUUACGCCGCACCUGAAAUAUGUUGUCCUUUCAAGCAAACUGUGAAGGUAAGUCUAUUAUAUGGAAUCAGUUUGUAAAGUAAAGGUUAAUGACUUUCCUUAAAUCCAGUGUAGAUUGCGCAAUUGUCUCAAUAUGAACAACACUAAUAUCUAUUCCAACCUCUCAUGUAGUUAUUAUAGCUGUAAAAGAAUGUUGUCUUUCAUACUGUUGUCACCACUGACGCCAGACGUUUUUUUUUUAAAGAGCAAUUUCGGAAGGGUUGUGAAAAUGUACAUUUUGUUUUGCUGCUAUUAUUUUUUCCGUCCUAUUUUUCUGUAAAAUUAUCUAAUGCAUUGUUUAUUUGUUAUUUUAGUUAUCCAAGCAAAAACGAGAAAUAAUACCUUUUCAGGAUCCCGAUAUUGAAAUUUAGCAGCUUUUGCCCCUAUAACGGAGCCAUCGGGCAAAAUAAACUUCGCUGUAACUGUUCGUGGUGAAGUAUUGGCUAUGGUGAAGCAUAUUUCAAGGCCAUCGACUGGCCUACAUUAGAGAGAUUUAGGGUGAACGUUUAUGGCAAACGUAAACGUCAGAUUCAAGUUGCCAAUUUCUCACAAUAGAAAACGAGCAGACAAAAAUAGUCCAAAACAAUUUUCCUGGAUAAACCUAACGUAAAACUAGUCUAAUUUUUGAUUAGUGAAUUAACAAUAGAAGACAAGUAAAUGGAAAGCUUAGUUACGUGCCGGUGUUACAUGUCGUGUUUUCCGUUUGCCUUAAACGUGACUAUAAGAGAUCUUAAGAUUGAGGUUUUUCGGUUGUUGUCGUCAACUGCGAACGUCGAAAUCACGUGACAAGUGCCUUGCCGUCAGGUUGGCGAUUUGUGGUUCUCGUUUGUACGGCUAGACCACGCUCUAGGGGAUUUACCACCAGCGUUUUUUGUACCCUAACAUAUCACAAUCCCACGUUUGGGAGGUAUACCACGUUUUAGAACUUCAUCUGAACAUCUGGCCCGGGUUGCUCGAAGCAUGUUUGGUGCUAACCAGCGUUAAAUACCAUGGAAACCUAUACAUUUUGAUACCUCUUAACCAACGGUUAGCGCUAACCAGGCUUCGAGCAACCGGCCCCUGAACUACAUCUUUGCAUCUGAACGUAAUUUUGAAGACGAUCUCUCAGCUAAAAUUGCGGUCCAUGAAUUAAUCAAAUAAAUGAAAACGAACAUGGCAGCCGUGAGCUACCACCCACUAAUCUUAAGACCCAAAUAUGGCAAGCAGACGGCUAACGUGAAACCACUAACCGCGGUUUACCCUGUUUGCGGUAAGAUGGUCAAACCCCGAUGUUAAAGUCUCUGUUGUCAGGUUCCCACCCUCAACAGAGAUAUUAACACCUGAAGGUUUCGUGACCUUUUGUAGCGUAACAAAAACAGAUAGCAAGCAAAAACAAAGAUGUACUUUAAUUCAGGUAAUUUGUUUUGUUGGCUUAGAUUGAUGUUUACAGUUUUGGAAUUCUCUUCUGUGAAAUGAGCACCGGGGAACUGCCAGAACCUGAAAAGCGAGAGGAACAAGCGAGACUGGUUACUAACAAGAAGUUUGGAGAGCUGAUACUGUGGUGUAUUGAAGAAGAUCCAGACAUGAGACCCAGCACGGAAGAGGUUAUUGAGAAGCUGGAGCAGUUAAAUAACAAUUCUUAA